AUGGCAGCACCACCCAACCCACUGGUGUUCAAGGUGUCUAGAUGUGAACCAGAGCUGGUCACCCCAAUCGACCCAACCCCACAUGAAUUCAAACCACUUUCAGACAUAGAUGACCAAGAUGGUUUUAGAGUCCAGAUUCCAGUCAUUCUUUUUUACCCUUACCAUCCUUCAAUGCAAACGAGGGAUCCUGUUAAGGUCAUUAAAGAAGCACUUGCUAAAACACUAGUGUUCUACUAUCCAUUUGCUGGUAGGCUUAGAGAAGGGCCAAACCGCAAGCUCACAGUGGAAUGUACAGCUGAAGGUAUCUUGUUUAUCGAGGCUGAUGCUGAUGUUACACUUGAGCAGUUUGGUGAUGCACUUCAUCCUCCAAUUCCUUGCUUGGAAGAACUCCUCUUUGACGUCCCUGGCUCCGCUGGGAUCAUAAACUGCCCUUUGUUGCUUAUUCAGUCCUUGGAAGAUAACUGCUGCGCGGAUUUGAUUCCUUCUCGAUGUGCACAAAUUCUCAUUGAUGACAAGUUGCUGGCAUGGACUGGAGGUCUUGCUGUGACUGGGCUACGGACUCCUCUAAGUCAAAAUGCAAAAUGUGCAGAGAGGAAAUGGUUUUUAUUUCUGAGAGAUGGAGAUAUUAAAGGAGAGCUUCUUGUAACGCGUCUCAAGUGUGGUGGAAUUGUCUUUGCCAUCCGUCUAAACCAUACAAUCACCGAUGCCGCUGGCCUAAACCAAUUCCUAUCAGCUAUGUGUGAGAUAGCACAUGGAGCACAUACUCCCUCCAUCCGACCAGUGUGGGAAAGGCACAUACUAAAUGCACGGAACCCGCCUCACGUAACCUGCUCACUCCACGAGUUUGAUAGACUGGUUGACACCAAUGAUGAAGUUCCGCGUACUAACAGGACCCAUACUUCAUUCUUUUUCGGACCUGCUAGCAUAUCUGCUAUUCGUAGCUUUGCUCCAUUCCACCUUCGCCAUUGCUCUACCUUUGAAGUUUUGACGGCAUUUUUGUGGAGGUGUCGAACUAUUGCGCUUCAACCAAACCCGAACGACGAAAUGCGGAUAAUAUGCAUUGUUAAUGCUUCCAACAGAUUCAACCCUCCGUUGCCUAGAGGUUAUUAUGGCAAUUGCUCAGCAUACUCAGUGGCAAUGGCAACGGCAGGAGAAAUUUCUCAAAAUUCUUUAGGCUUUACAUUGGAAUUAGUCAGGAAGGCCAAGGCAAAUGUGACUGAAGAGUACAUGCGAUCGGUGGCUGAUCUAAUGGUGAUUAAGGGUAGGCCUUGGUAUACAAUGGUGCGGUCUUACCUCGUGUCAGAUGUGACACGUUCAAGGUUUGCAGAGAGGGACUUAGGUUGGGGGAAGGCAAUGUAUGGUGGGCCUGCCAAGGGUAAUGUGGCAAGCUUUCAGAUAUCAUAUAGGAAUAAGAAAGGAGAAAAUGGUAUUCUUGUGACUCUUUGCUUACCUACUCCAGCUAUGGAAAGAUUUGCAAAGGAGCUGGAUUGCAUUUUUAAGAAGCACUCAAAUGGUGAUGGCAAUGCUAAAUCCCCCUCAUCUGCCUUAUAA